AUGAAGUUACUAAACCCUAAACCCACACUGGACUGCGCCCUGGAAACCCUCCCCGCCUCCCCACCCGCCAACCCAUUUCAACUUCGCAGCAUCAUCACCCACGAUCGAUUCUCCUCUACUCCUGCCAAAUUGGCCUUGACCUGGCCCCUUUUCUGUGAGCCGAACGCCAUAGACAUCGGAGACUCGUUUGACUCUUCGUGUCACCAACUCUCCCAACCGUCAGCCGUCAGCCGUCAGCCCUACAAGGAUGUGCUUCCCGCAGGUUUGGCGUUGGCCUCACGCCUUUUGUCCAAUCAACCUCAAUUUGACCCGUUUCUGCCCAUCGAAAUACCGUCCAACUCUUUCCCAACUAUCUGGUCUCCUGUCUCCUAUGGCUCUCCUAUUUCUUCUUCCCCCUCUCCUCGUGCUCCUCGAGUCCUCACAUCCCAGCAUCCCAUGCUCGGCCAGCUGGCUCCAUCUCCAUCUUCCAUCUUCAUCCCCCAUCUCUAUUUCAACUCCCAAGACAAACAGAACGUGUGCGCCAUGGAGUCAAACGCCCAGAGCCAAGGUCAGGUCUAUGACCUCCUGAUCGUCACAGAUGCCACCGCCUCCAUGUCCAAAUACCUCAAGGCUCUCCAUCGAGCUCUUCCCGACAUCAUCCGCAUUUCCACCUUGACCGACUGCUUCUCCCGCAUCGGCGUCCUAGCCUACCGCGACUACUUCCAGGGCGAGGUCAUCGAGUGGUCAAAGUGGUGCUCCGGAGUCAACCCUGUCGCCAACCCAGACGCCGGAAGCGACGCCGAUCUGGUAUCCCGAGACCACAUCAUCCAAUUCGCCAGUAGCCUGGUCCCAUGCCACGGCGGUGACUGGCCCGAAGCCACCAAGACGGGCCUCGCGAGGGCCCAUCAUCUCAUGCGACCAGAGGCCACCACCAUCAUCCUUCUCUUUACCGACGCCCCCCCACACAUGCCCAUCACCGGGGGCAACUGGCGCGACAAGGAGAUCGAAACCCUCUCCGACCCUCACUCCGCCGCCCUCUUCGGCCCGGACGCCAAGCUCUUCCUCGACUGGACUUCGGCCUGCACCACACUCGCUACCGGCGAAAAGAAGGCCCACGUCUUCUCCAUCGUCGAGAGCCACCUCAUGGACACCGUAGCGCCCUACGUCUACCUCUCCACCCUGACGGGCGGCACUUGUUACCAGAUCGUAAACGCCAACGCCGACGCCAACGCCGCCUCCACCAGCAUCUCCGACCUCUCCAUGUCCAUCCUGCUCACCUGGACCGGCUUGGCCGACGCCCAGCAUGCCACCGUGCCCAGGGACCCCCGCAGCCGCCGAUCAGUAGCACGCCCUCUCUCCUAUAAACAGUCCGACGACAUAGGGGACGUCGCGCACGAGGACGACGACCGCAUCUCCCGCUAUCUCAUGCGCCGCGACUCCAACCACGCCACCGCCACCGUCCUCGACAACAUGGACCAGCCGCGGCUCGAGCCCGACAGCCCCGACCUGGACAUCGUCGUCCCCCGUCAGAGGCAGCCAGCCCUCGAACCCCUCGCCAAGCGAUACGCCGCCGACCCGGCCUACCGCGCCUUGGUCGUCGACCAGCUGAAGGAAAUCAUCGACACCAACGUCGCCGUCAUCACCGUCAACCCCGUCUUCGGCGCCCUGUGGAGGGCCGUCUGCAGCGACCGCGCCAGCGAAGCUCGCGCCGAACUCACCCAGCGCUUUAGCGAUCAGGUCGCUCACGUCACUGACCCGGACCAGGCCGCCAGGAUGAAGACCUGGCUGGAGGAAUCCUACAAUUACAAAGCCCAGAUCGCAGAGGCCAUUGACGAGGUGCCCGCCUCCGACCGCUGCCCUUGUGUCUUCUUCGACCCGACUCAUGACUUUACCACCCACCCCGACGAAGAAGAAGAAGAAGACGAAGACGACGCCGACCAAGGGGAUGCUCCCGACAAACGGGGCCCUGCCGAGUUCACCCGAUCCGAGCUUCUCGACAUCAGCCGGUCUUGCGAUUACCGCAUCCUGCGCCGCCUCGGAAGGGUGCUGACCUGCCUCACCUACGUCGCCUCGGAGGAGGACCUGCCCGCCCACAUCCGGGAUGCUGCUCCGGGCGUGGUCCCCCGCAUGCCUCUUGCUCUAGCCGCCCCGAAAUACCAACGCACCUUUUGGCGGUACCUCCUCCAUCUCGUCCUCCCCGGGACCAUGUUAAGCGCACGUCCCGCCGCCCUUCUCGCCGCCCUGUCCAUCCGCAUGGCUAUCCUGCCGCUGCGAGACGUGGCCGACCGGGAGCUUUUAGCCUACGGCGCCAAUUGGAAUAACCGGGAAGUCAGCGAAACCUGGAACGUCGGCUGCCUGUCCUUGCUUCUCGAUGCCGAUCGGGACUACGAAGGCCGCGUGGCAAGCGGCGUCACCGUACGCCCGCAUCCCGACGCACGCGUACUUCCCGAGCCCGACCAGAAACUCUUCCAGACCCUGGUAGACUACAAGAUGCUGGAGCUCAACCUGAACACCACCCUACAAGCCCGCAUUGGCUGGACCCCGUCGAAGACCAUGGUACCUCUCGGCCCCAUUGUCACCUGUAAACUGUGCCGGCUUCCCCGCUCUGUUACCGUCAUGGGAACCGAUGGCAGUUGCGGGCUCUGCCACCCCAACUCGUGCGAUUGCGCGGCUUGCCUCCGGGCCCCUGACUUUGAGGAGAGAAUACACAACAACGUCGGGCCGCAGGAUUCCGAGACGACCGAGGCCACAUGGGUGGAGUGCUUCAACACGACAUGCCGAGCCCAAUACGUCGUCUACAACCCUAGCCUCCUGCGCGUGCGCGCCAAAUGCUUCUACUGUCGCCACGAAAGCCGUCUCGAGGGUCAAGCCAAGCCGGGCCCCGCACCGUGCGUCGAGUGCUCACGCUGCCUCGGCCGCAUCAUCUGGCCGCACGAGUACCGCCCGGCCGAUCUGGACCUAGCCAGCUUCCAAUGCCCGGCAUGCGUAGCCGGUCGCGAGACGGUGAUCGAUCACGAAACGACCGCCAAAGCUCUUUCCGACGAGAACACCACCGCCUGGCUCGUCCGCAACGAGAACAACGCCCUGCAGCACCUGUUCGACGGUCGCUCGCUCUUCCACAAAGUCAGCCGCAUACCCGACAUUUCCACCUUGGCCUCGAACGUCGAGGUCCUCCCCGGUACCACCAACGACAACGACACGCGGCUCACCAUCAGCGGCAAACUCGUCCGCAACGCCUCCGACCUCCGCAGCUCCCUGUCCGACUGGGUCAAGCGGCGCAAAGUCCAAUCGGGCACCUGCCUCCUCUGCUUCUCCGACGCCAACAAGCGCGACCUGCGCGCCUGCGGGCGAAGCGGCUGCGCGUCGACCAUCUGCCGAAGCUGCAGGCAGGACUGGUACGGGAUCAACCGCCGCGGCCAGGUCAUCAACCUCCCCGCGCUGUCGUGCCCGUUCUGCCGCCGAUCCCCCGUCGCCGCCGUGGUUUCGCGCCUCGGCAUCGCCUCCCUCGGCGGGUUGAGGGAGGCGGUGGCGAACCCGGCUUGGGUAUACGCCUGGUGUGGCGGGUGCGGGUUCGCGAAGCAGUUUGCCGAGCGGGUGUGCGCUGAGGCCGGAGCGGUGGGGGCGGCGGCGGCGGCGGCGGCGCAGGUUCGCGACUGGCGGUGCGAGGACUGCGAGGCGAACAGGGGCAAGGGGCGGGAGGUGUUGCAUUGUCCGACGUGCGAUACGGCGACCGAGAAGGUUGGUGGGUGUGCGCAUAUCGACUGUCCGGCGUGCGGGGCGCAUUGGUGCUUUGAGUGCGGGACGGCGUUUGUUGAUGCGCAGAGGGUCUACGCGCAUAUGGAGGAGGCGCAUGGCGGGAUUUAUGGGUAUGAUUCUGAAGACAAUGACGACGAUUAUGAUUGAUGACUACUAGCCGGGAGUAUUGAGGAGUUUUGGGCGUUUGAAGAGCAUUGGAC